AUGAAGGCAUGGCAGUAUGAUGAAUACGGCAGUGUUGAUGUACUGAAGUUGGCCACCGAUUUAGCAAUUCCUGAAAUCAACGAUGAUCAGAUUAUUCCAGGAUACGACGUCGCAGGGGUAGUUGUGAAGGUUGGAAGCGAGUUUGGAACUUUAGCUGAAUACGUUGCUGUUGAAGAGAGAUUGUUGGCUUUGAAACCUAAAAACUUGGAUUUUGUAGAAGCUGCUGCUCUUCCUCUUGCAAUUGAGACUGCAUAUGAAGGUCUAGAAAGAGCCAAUUUCAAAGAAGGUCAAUCGAUCCUUCUUCUCAAUGGUGCUGGUGGUGUUGGAUCCUUCGUAAUUCAGCUGGCAAAACACGUGUUUAGGGCUUCAAAAGUAGCUGCCACAUCUGGUACAACAAAACUCGAAUUACUUGAAAGUUUAGGCGCUGAUAUAGCCAUCGAUUACACCAAAGAAAACUUCGAAGAUCUACCAGAUAAAUACGAUGUUGUCUAUGAUGCAAUAGGACAAGUGGAGAAAGCUGUGAAGGCGGUUAAGGAAGGUGGUAGUGUAGUGUCCAUAGUCUUCACAGGUGUGUCAUCUGAUGCCCAAAACUGGGACAAAUCGAAGCUAUGCUAUGCCUAUAACAGGAAAGAAAAUAGACGAGUUGAAUCAAAUUCAUCAAAACUGGGCAACAUCAACUAG